UCUGUCGCUACAUGAGACCUGUGGACUUAACACUGACCUGAAGAAAUGAGGAAACAGAUUUUCAGUCUGGAUGUGCUGCAGUUUUCUGUCGUCUUACUGCAGGUUCACUUCUGCUGGAGUCAGAACACACUGGUCGUUCCCUCUCAGCCAAUCAUAGCGCCCGUUGGCAGUGAUGUCACUCUGCCCUGUCAGUUGGACCCUGUUAAAGACCUCAGGGACAUGGUGGUGGAGUGGUCACGGCACGACCUGAUGCCGCGCUACAUCCACAUCCACCGUGACGGUCUGGACUUCCUCAUAGACCAGAACUCCCUGUACCUGGGCCGCACCUCUGUGUCCGAGAGCCGACUGCAGCAGGGGGACAUGUCCCUGAGUCUGACCAGAGUCAGAGUCAGUGACAGGGGCAAGUACAGAUGCUACAUCCCCCUGAUAAACGUCAAAGCAGAGGUCACUCUACUGGUCGUGUCUGUGGCCCCUCCCUCGAUGAGCCUGAUCAAAGAGCGCUCGGGGUCUCCCGUGCUGAGGUGUGAGUCCAGGGGCUGGUACCCGGAGCCGGAGCUGGAGUGGCUGGACUCAGAGGGGACGGUUCUGCUCAGGACUGAGGCUCAGAGAGGAGCGAGCGAGGAGCUGUUCAGUGUGAGCAGCAGACUGAGUGUGGAGCAGAGGCUCGGCAACACGUUCACCUGCAGAGUGAGACAACAGGAGAGCGGCCAGAGCAGAGAGGCCCAGCUCAGCAUCACAGAUGAUUUCCUGGAGCCUUGUUCCAUCAGCUCUUGGUCCUGGAUCCUCUUGUGUUUGAGUUUGGUUCUGUUUCUUGCAGCAGUUGCUGUUUUGGUCGUGUGGAAGUGUAAAACUAAAAGAAAGAAAUCUGACAGUAAAAGCAUUGAACUUGGAGCAAAAGAAGAACGAGAGAGUAUGAUGAAGAAAGGAGAGAUUUUAAAUCUACUGAAGCAGAAGACUGAGACUGAGCUGCGUUAUGUCAAUGAUGUGAUCAACAGACUGACUGUGGAAAAAGAUUUAUUAAUGAAACUCAAGGAAAAACCUCUUGAAGCGAUUCAUAAUCAGAAGAUUUUAAUAGAUGCAGAGACAAAGCGGGAGGUUCCUAAAGUGAGACUGAACAGGGAUAAAUUAAAAGAACAACAGAAACAGAGCAUUGAAAUUCUGGAGAGAGAAAAGGAGGUGUUUGAGAAAACAGUCAAAGACCUUGAUAAUCAAAUAAAGACAUUAGAGGAGGGGAUUUCAGUGUCAUUACAGAGAAAAGGACAGCUGGAGGCAGAACUUCAGCAGAUGGAAAAACAGAAAAAGCGUCAGGAAACAAAGACACAGCAGGAGACAAGAGAAGAAGAAGAAAAGGUGAAUGUUCAGGUGAACGCUCAUGAUCAGCCCCAAGGAGAUCAGGCUCAGAACAAACAGAGAAAUACAGAUCAGGACGUAGAUGAGAUAUGUGAUGGGGUGAAUUUUAUGGUUGAUUUGUAA